CUUUGUUCGACGUGUGACGAUGAUCUACUAGUCUCACAUUAGUCGUCAGUCAUGUGGAAAAUAUGGACUUUUGAUUGGCUGGACUCCAAUUAUAUGGUGGCACAUGUUAUUAACGCAGGGAAACUAAUGGAUUACUGUAUCGUUUGCCAAACUAUAAUCGUUUUCCCUCUCUGGUGUCACGGUCCCCAAAAGUGUUCCCCUGAGUGAACCAGGCCUCAUUUUAGGGAAAAAUCCAUUUCUGGAAAUUGCUGAUUAGAGUUGAUGCAUACGGGAAACCCAAGUGGAAUGGAAAGAGGCCUGUACUGGUCUUCUGGUUUUCUAAAUGUUCAACUGAAACUCAGUUUAUUGGCCUGACCAGUGCUAUGGGGAAGCCCCUGGUAGAUGUUAGGCAGCUUGUGAUUGUAGUGUUAUCCGGGUGGAGCUAAUCAUAGCCAGUCAGGUCACACUACAGCUCUGCUUAUCACCCUGCUCCCUGGGCCUCUCUCGGGCUCAGCACUGUGUGGAGAAAUGCCAUUGAAAAAACUGUAUGGAUUUGCUCUGAGUCAAGUCCAGGCAUGACGUUUCAGAGACCAUGGCUGUAUUGAACCAGGGUUGAGUAUAUAGCCCUGGUUAGUGUUUUGUCUCUCUACCAGCCACACCUCUUUGCCUGCUCCUUCCCUUUCCUCUCUCCCCCAGAUACUCCGAAGGAGCCUGCCUAUGCCUUUUGAGCGUGGCCUCUCAAGGUGAAAUGGAAAUAUGUCUGGCUCUCCUAUUCUCCGUAAUGUGACGACACCGCGAGAGUGGCUACAUGUUUGGCUUGUCGUUGCCCCACCGGCAGCUGGCGCUGGGCUCACAGCGGUGUUCUGACAUGGGUUCUGUUCCACACAGGGAACGCAGCCGUGACCGCCACAAAUCGCACAGCAAGGACGGCAGCCGCUCUGAGAAGUCCGUCACCAUCAACGCACCGCCGGCAGAACCGCUGCUGGGGGAUGCAGCUGCGCGUGGCGAGGAAGUCCAGGAUGACAACUGGGGCGAGACCACAACUGCAGUCACCGGGACGUCGGAACACAGCCUGUCCCAGGAGGACAUCGUUAGGAUCACCAAGGACCUGGAAGACAGCGUGGGGCUGGACUGCCGGCGCUACUUCACCCUGACCCUUUCUGUGGUCCUGGGCCUGCUGGUCUUCCUGACGCCCCUGGCCUUCCUGGCCCUGCCCCACCUCCUCUGGCCCGAGAAGCUCCAGGCGUGCGGAACGGCCUGUGAGGGCCUUUUCAUAUCUGUGGCGUUCAAGCUGUUGAUCCUGCUGUUCGCCGUGUGGGCGCUGUUCUUCCGGGCGCCGCGCGCCGGCCUGCCCCGGGUGUUUGUGUUCCGGGCCCUCCUGGCCGUCCUGGUCCUGCUGUUUGUCAUCUCCUACUGGCUGUUCUAUGGUGUUCGGAUACUGGACUCACAGGACGAGAACUACCAGGGUAUCGUCCAGUACGCCGUGUCUCUGGUGGACGCUCUGCUCUUCAUCCACUACCUGGCAAUUGUUCUGCUGGAGCUCAGGCAGCUACAGCCCGCCUUCUCUGUCUGCGUAACGCGCGCCACCGACGGAGAGACGCGCCACUACAACCUGGGGCAGCUCAGCAUUCAGCGGGCUGCUUUGGCAAUCAUUGAGAACUACUACAGGGACUUCCCUGUCCACAACCCGGCCCUGCUCACCGCCUCUAAGUCGCGGGCGGCCAAACACCUGGCUGGCCUCAAGGUCUAUAAUGUGGACGGUGAGUUCCCCAUGACCCCCAGCACGGGCCCUGGCAACAACGCUGCCACCGGAUUGGCCCAGUCCCAGUCCAGGGCCAUGAUCGCCGCCGCCGCCCGUCGCCGAGACACCAGUCACAACGAGCUGUACUACGAGGAGGCGGAGCAUGAGAGACGCGUUCGCAAGCGCAAAGCCCGGCUGGUGGUGGCAGUAGAGGAGGCCUUCACACACAUCAAGCGCACACAGGAGGAGGAGCUGAAGAAGGCCCCCGGCGACGUGAUGGACCCCCGCGAGGCGGCCCAGGCCAUCUUCCCCUCCAUGGCGCGGGCCCUGCAGAAGUACCUCCGGACCACCAGGCAGCAGCACUGCCACAGCAUGGAGAGCAUCCAGCAGCACCUGGCCUUCUGCAUCACCAACAACAUGACGCCUAAGGCCUUCCUGGAGAGCUACCUGAACCCCGGGCCCACCCUGCAGUACGGCCGGGAGCGCUGGCUGGGCCGGCAGUGGACCCUGAUCAGCGAGGCGUCGGUCACCAGCGGGCUCAAGGAGGGCGCCCUCUUCCUCCUCAAGUGCAUAGACUUCAGCCUGGUGGUAACUGCCAAGAGGAUCCCCUACAUCCAGCUGUCCGAGGAGUUCAUCGAUCCCAAGUCGCACAAGUUUGUCCUGCGGCUACAGUCCGAGACCUCUGUGUAGAACUGGGGAACUGUUCAACAUCAACCUGAUUCCCUUUUUAUUUAGAUUUUUUUUUUUAUGUUUUGGAUUUGCGAUUCUAUUUUAUUUUUGGAUUUUUAUAUAUUAUAUAUGAAUAUAUAUGUUACACAUGUUUGAAUACAUUGUCCUUUUUUAUCUCUGAUUUACCUGGUUUACAUGAGUUGAUUUGAAAGAGAGAAAGAACACGGAGGGUGGGAAAUGUAAUAAUGAGCAGCGGUGAUGAAUUGAACCCAUUUUUUGUGAAAACGAAGAUUAUUGAAUUGGACCCGGAUAUGUAAACGGUAUGCACACAACUGCAUAGAAUUUGUCUGUGUGCACAAUCGGUUGGUUCACCUCGGAAAGACUGAAGCUGAGGUCGUGACCAGUACUCUCAGCUGCUAAUAUUCCAUGGUAACCAACACCCAAGGAGGGGGCGGCCAUUUUGAUAUAUCUAAUGUCGUUGCGGUGGCCGUUCCAUCCCUCCUCUCAGCUAAACCACUACGGACUGUCGCCACUCAGAUUAUUGUCUGGUGUUGAACACCGCCCAGUCUCAGGCCGGCCUUUUCUGUCUGUUCUGUGGUGGCGGUCGUUGCACUCCUGCGCCUCACUCUCCACCAACAAAAUGAGACUACUCUGGACGCCCCCCCCCCCCCGUAUGGACGGACACCUGCAGUCUGGAGGCAAUGGGGGCUUCCUAGUUUGUCUGCUUUCGCUGGGUCAUCGCUGUCAACCGUUAUGUCCCGGGCCUGUAUCUCGUAGAAAUGACACAGACUCUUAUGAUUUAAGUCUUUGAUGACGACAAGUCAUGGAAAUAUAGUUACUUCAAUCACAUUAUUUGCAUUACAUGCACAUGUUUUCUACGUCUGUAUAUUGAAUAUGUAUAAAUACAUUGAUCUGUCUGUAUAAGUCUGUUAGGUCAGCUCCCCUUCCCAUGUCCUUGGCUCCCAAGCUGUGGACAUGCAGUAGUCAUGCAUGAACAUCAGCAGUGUUUUUUUUCAUAUGUUUUAAACGACCCCGGUCUCGACUAUUUAUCGGAAACAUUAAAUGGAAUUUCCGUGUCAGGAGUUUAACCCUGAGACCGAAAGCCUCAAAUCCCCAAAAAGAUCUGUCAAAAAGGCUAUUUUCAGACCAAAGUAUGUGCUGUGUUGCGGCCAAUGCAAACAGCAGUACAUUUCUGGGUGUUAACACUGACUGUCCAAUCGGGGAUGAUAUCCUUCUGUAGCACACAGCAUGCUGUGUUUCACGUACUACUGCCGGCACAACUUGUUAACCUUUUUAAAAGUGACACGUUCAUUACGUAGCGUGAACGAAAAGUCCAGGAAAGAAGAGACAGAACUCAACCCACCAAAGUAUAUGACACUGAUUUGGACCACGGCCUUGGUUAGCUCCCAUGCACACCGCAUACUUUACUCUGCAGCUGUUACCAUUUAAGUUCCAUAAACAGCUGAUUAAGAUGAUUGAUGUUGAAGGUAGUAAGGAGGAGACUUGCCUGAUUGGUUGUUUACGACCUUGUCAACAAGCAGGAUAUCGUGUUCAGUGUGUGAGGAUUUAAAUUGGUUCCUCAUAAAAACGGAAGAACAUUGACGGUCAUAUAAUGACAAAUAUGAAUCCAUAUUCUCCCCUUGUGAGCGUUGCUGAUAAUAGUAGGUCUAUCCAACUGGGUGGUUGGGAUGGGUUGUUUCAAGUCUACCUAUCAAUGUGUGAGCUUGUUAAUCCACCUGUAAAAUGGCCUUGGUUUGUGAAGGUCCUGCGCACAGUAGCACAGUUCAGCAUUUUCCAUUCACAAAAAACAAACUGUGCUUCAGCGCCACCUGGCAGACAAAGCCAGGCAUGACAGUCUUCAGUCUUGGGAGAACUUGGUUGUGGACACACGUUUGGAUUCACCAACACGUUAUGCUGUGUCCCCAGAUACUCUGCUCUGUUGUUUUUCGCACGCACGUUCAAAAAGGAGAGAAAAAAAAAAGCUUUUUUUUUUUUAUACCUAUAGCACUGGGUGUCUUUUGUACUCCAAUGGCCGGUUUUCCUGGACACCUGUUAGGCCCAGACCUUGAAACCGGCCACAGCCGCCUCCUGUGACUGUGCCUCUUGUUUCUACACUGUAUUAUUUAUGUAACGAUGCAUGUGCAUAUGCCAUCCCUCGUCACAUGAGCAGCCACCCCUGUAUAUUCACCAUCACAUUUUGUUAGCCUGGUCCCGGACCCGAACUUGUCUGGAAAUAUGGCAGAAACGGGUCCGGGACCAGGCUAAUGGGCUGUCAGGUUGCACUCGUGCUGCAGGUCUUUUUACCGACCUGAUGUUGCAUCGUAACAAAUGUGUCAAUUUCACAGCACACUAGGUAUUUGUAUAAAAUAAACAUUUUUAUGAAGAUUUGUAAA